AUGGAUGCUGUAAUACUGAAUCUCUUAGGCGACAUUCCUUUGGUCACAAGAUUAUGGACAAUUGGCUGUCUUGUACUAUCAGGUCUCACAAGUCUCCGGAUUGUGGAUCCAGGGAAGGUAGUGUACAGUUAUGAUUUAGUAUUCAAAAAGGGACAAUAUGGAAGACUACUUUAUUCGAUAUUCGAUUACGGCGCAUUUAAUUGGAUAUCCAUGAUAAACAUCUUUGUCAGCGCUAAUCACUUAUCAACUUUGGAAAACUCAUUCAAUCUGAGAAGAAAAUUCUGUUGGAUAAUAUUUUUACUGUUGGUGAUACUGGUAAAGAUGACCAGCAUUGAACAACCUGCAGCAUCACUCGGUGUGUUAUUGCAUGAGAAUCUCGUGUACUACGAACUGAAAAAGAACGGAAACCAAAUGAACGUACGAUUCUUCGGUGCCAUUGAUGUUUCACCAUCUAUAUUCCCAAUCUACAUGAAUGCAGUAAUGUAUUUUGUAUAUAAGCGUAGCUGGUUAGAAAUUGCCAUGAAUUUCAUGCCAGGUCACGUAAUUUACUACAUGGAUGAUAUAAUAGGGAAGAUUUAUGGCAUCGAUUUGUGUAAAUCUCCGUACGACUGGUUCCGCAACACUGAAACACCCUAA